AUGAAUUGGGUUUUUGAUUUUUGGUAUUUUUUGGUGGUGUUUUUGAUUGGUGUGAUGGCGAAUUAUUAUCCGACUGUACCGCCGCCUAAACUUGUGGGUUUUUUUUUGUUUUUUGGGAUUUUGAAUUUGGAAAAAAUGUAUUCUUAGCUUUCAAAAUCCACGUGGAAUUUGAAACUGAAAGUUCAACAUUCAAAUAUUUUCUAUUAAUUUUUAUUCGAAAAAAAAAUUAUUUUGAAAUUCCUUCUGAACCUGAUAUUUAACCUUUUUGAAACGUGGCAUUUUUGGCGGGAAAAUAAAUUUUAAAUAAAAAAGUUAGGGUAACUUUGAAAAAAAAAUGAUUUUUUCAAAAAAAAUUUUAAUAAAAAAAUAAUCUUUUCAAAAAAAAUUUUCCACGUGGCAUUAUUAUAUUCUGACAGUUUUCGUAAUUCUGAAAAUCGGAAAAAUCAUCUAUUUUUGCAGUUCGAGGCUACUGUAGCUGUCAAACUACCAGAAAUUUCUAAAAUUCAGGCGUUUUCGAAAAAAAUUACUUCAAAAAAUAUUUGAAACAGUAAAAAAAUUUCUUUAAAAAAUCCACGUGGAUCGAAAUUUUCAGCACUGAAAUUCCUCGAAUUUUCCAGGUAUUCGGGGCUACUGUAACUGCAAAACUACUAAAUACAGUACCCAUUAUUACAGUACUGGGAAAAGGUGUAUCAAAAAAUUCAUUUAAAAAAAUUUUAAGGUUUCAAAUUUUCCUGGAGGGUUUUUUUUUCCAAAUCCAGAAAAAAUCCACGUGGAUCAAAAUUUCCAGGAAUGCAAUUCCGACUCGAUCCGCUUGCACAUCAACCCUUCCGGUAAUUUCGGCGGCCACGUUUAUGUACGCGGCUUUUUUCCGCAAAGGUAAGCCGCUUGUCACUAUGAAUUUAUCUCAACUCUCUCUUGCUCAUAUUAAUCCGGCGAAUUUUUGAUUUGUUUUGGCGCCAACAAAAUUCUUCUUCGCCCCAUUAAAAUCACUAGAUGAUUUUAUUUUUUUUUCAAAAAAAAAAAAAACUAUCGACCAUGAACCGUUUUGUCCUUGCAGAACGGACAUUUAUUUAUUUAUUUUUCAUUUUUCUAUGUAAACAUGCAUUUUUUCUACACGGUAUUUUGAAGGGUCAUUUUUCGCGCACCCGAGAAAGUUUAGUUUAAUUUAGAGAUUCCACAGGUUAAUCACACAGCAAAGCACAAAUAAAAGUUCAAAAAAAAAGUUCAAAUGAUUUUUUGCAGCGUUUGUCAUUUGAAUUAUUGCCACAAAUUGACGAAUCAACCGAUAAUUAUGGAUUUGUCAUUUCGAGGACCUUGUAAUUUGAGACGAAGGAGGAGUGUGAGUUAGAGGAACUUGGGAAAGGGAUUGUGGAAUUUUUUGUAGAACUUACUUUGAAGCCGAAAGUUCCUAUAACUUCUAGAAGUUUUGUGGAAUUCUGGAACUUUUUUUUCUGAAAAAUAGCAUUUUGCCAAGUUCAUGACAAAUCUGAAAAUCAGAUUUAUUUGUCUGAAAAUUCCACGAUUCUAGGAGUUUUUGGAUUCUAGAAAUUUCAGAAUUCAUGGUUUUUUCAACAAAAAAAACAGUGAAUAUUUUUUUCUUCAAAAUUCCCAGUCAGAAAUAUGUACGUUUCAAAUUAAACAUCAAUUCGAAUUUUGAAAACCGAAAUUUAAUACAAAUCUUCGUGUUAACCCAAUCUCAAUCUCCGAAAUUCUGAUUCUGAAGAAAAAUGUGGAACUCCAGAUUUUUCAAAAAUAUUUUUCAGUAGAAUUCAUAGCUUCCAAUAUAAUUAUGUAAAUUCUAGAAGUUUUGAGAGGCCACGUGGAAUUCUAGAGAACUUUUUUUUCUGAAAUUCAAAAAUCAGAACUAUUUGGCUGAAAAUGCCACGUGGAAUUCUGGAAUUUUUUUCUGAAAAUCAAAAAUCAAAACUAUUUGGCCAAAAAUGCCACGUGGAAUUCUAGAACUCUUUUUUUUUUAAAUCAAAAAUCAAAAAAACUUGGCUGAAAAUGCCACGUGGAAUUCUAAACAAUUAAAAUUUUGCAGAUCUCCCCACCUUCAAUAUCCUAUGACGUCACCGUAAUCAUCCAACACCACCCACUAUUCGUGACGUCAUUCGACAAAGCCUAUCGACUAAAUUGCAUUUAUCAGCAAAAAGAUAUUGAUGUGCAGCAAAAACUGGAUGUAAAGUAGGUGUAAACGCGGAGUAUCGUUGUAUUUAAAAUCAAUAAUUUUAUUUUUUUGUUCCAGUGAUAUUCCACAAACCGACGUGAAAAUCAAUAGUGCACCACAAUGUCGGUAUGACGUGUUAUCCGGCUCGAUUUCGGGACCAAUUGUAAAAUUUGCAAAUGUUGGAGAUAUCGUGUACCAUAAAUGGACGUGUGAUAGUGGUAAGCUUUUGAAAAAAGCAAGCGCGCUCUAGCGAACUUAUCGAUUUUUUGCAGAAUUUUUCGGAUUUCUCGUGCAUUCUUGUGUUGUUCGCGAUGAUUCCGGGAAAAUCUAUCAAUUUAUUGAUGAACGUGGUUGUGUCACCGAUUCGACACUUUUUCCCGAAGUCAGUUAUUCGGUGGAUUUGAAAAGUGCAUUCACAAAUGUCCGGGCUUUUCGAUAUGCUGAUCAGGUUAUGGUGCAUUUUACGUGUCAGAUUACGACGUGUCGAUUGUCGGAAAAUGGAUGUGAAGGCAUUUCGGUGGGUUUUUUGUGAAUAAAAAUUUAUGAUCUACAAGAUUCUGGAGUUCCAUGUUUUUCUCUAGAACCAGAAUAUUUGAGAUUGAAAUUGGGUUGACUCGAAGGUUUUUAUUGGAUUUCGGUUUUCAAAAUUCUAAUAGAUGUUUGAUUUGAAACGUAAUUUUGAUUGGCAAUUUUGAAGCACGGAAAAUUAUCAUUUUCGGGUCGAAAAAUGCCACAAUUUUUAAAUUUGACAGCAAAAAAAUAAAAAAUAUAGAAAUUCUAAUGAAAAAAAAUUUUUUUGAUAAAAAAACUAUAUUUUUUCCUAUGAAAAAAAAUGUCAAAAAAUAGGAAAAAAACAUUUUUUCGACAUUUGCUGAAUCGAAAAAGGGUUUUUUAUUAUUUUUUUUAGCUUCAAAAAUCCACGUUGAAUUUGAAGCUGAAAAUUCAAAAGAUUUGAUAAAUAUUUCUAGUAUUUUUAGAAAAAAAUUAAAAAAAAUUUCUUCUGAAACUUUUCUGACCAGAAAAUUUCAAUUAAAAAAGUUAGAGGAACUUUAAAAAUCAAUAAAGUUCUGAAAAUUUAUACAAUUAUUUUUUUUUCGAAAAAAAAUAAAUGUGGUUCUAAAAUUCCUAAAAUUAAUUUUUCCUCUACAAAACAGUUUUUUGGAAUUUGGACAAAUAAUUAUUUUUGCAGUUUGGGGCUACUGUAGCGAAAUUUUUUAUUAUUUUUUUCGACUUGAAUCACCACAUAAAAUUUCUAGAAUUCGAAAACUUUUCAGAAAUGCUCUGAAAAUCACCCAGAACCAUUAAAACUCCCAAUUUUCCAGCCACCAACAUGUGCACCAAUAGAAAUGGGUCCAAUUCCGGUGCAUUACACGAAGAAAGAGCCCAAAAUUGCCCAGGAACCCGAAACUUUACCCACGAGAACUACACGAUCUUCUAGCUCCACUACAUCGACAACAACACAAAAAUCAACAGUGAGUCCAGGAAAUUUUUGGGGCGAAAAAUUUAAAUUCAAAUUUUUCAGCUCAUAACCGAUAAGCCACGUGGCAGAGAAAAUUUGAAUUGAAUUUUUUUGCGCUAAAAAAUUCCACGUGGCGAAGAAAAUUUGAAAUAAAUUCUUUUCGCGCUAAAAAAUUUCUCGUGGCUUAGAAAAUUUAAAUUUUUUCGCGCUAAAAACUCAGAGAUUCGCUGGCCAGCUCGCCACCAGAUCGCUGCGGCCACCUGGAAACCGCAUGGCCGCCAGGUCGCCUCGAGUUUUCCGGCGACGUGGCCUGUGUGUUUGAAAUUCUGGAAAGCUGGCAAGACAGUGGUUUGUACUCAAAACACUGCAUUUUCUACUGUUUUUUUCACUUCCUAACGUUUCAAGUGCUGCGAAAAAACAGAAAAUGAGCCAAAUUUUUCGAAAAUGCCUCAAUUCACAAGUUUUUAAGACAUUUUCAUGAAAAUUCAUUUUGACGCGGCGAAGUGGCCACCACAUGGUAGCCAUGUGGCCGUGACCUAGCCAGAGCGUGGCCACCUUGCCAGCGAAAAAAAACCGGGCGACAUGGUUUCCAUGUGGUUCCCAGGUCAGCCAGCCUCCCCACCUGGUGGCGAGCUGGCCAGCGAAUCUCUGAGAAAUGCCACGUGGCAGAGAAAAUUUAAAUUGAAUUCUUUUCGCGCUAAAAAAUACCACGUGGCAGAGAAAAUUUAAAUUUGAACAUUUUUAAAAUCUAAAAAAUGCCACGUGGCAGAGAAAAUUUAAAUUCAAAUCAUUUUCGCGCUAAAAAUGCCACGUGGGAGAGAAAAUUUGAAUUUUAUUCUUUUCGCGCGAAAAAUUCCACGUGUCAGAGAAACUUUAAAUUUGAAAGAUUCUAGACCCAAAAAAAUUGAAUCUGAAAAAAAAAUUUGAAUCUGAAAAAAUCGAAUUCCAAUUUUCAAAAAAAAUUCAGAAGAUUCUAGAGCGCUAAAAAAUUGAUCCACGUGGAUUCUGAAAUCACAAAUUGUUUCAGAGCUCAUCAUAUUCCUACCCAAACACUGAACCCGAUGAUGGAUCCCUCCAAGACAAUACAGUCGAACUACCAAUCCUCAAAUCCCCCAAAUUCGGCUUGGAAAUCAGCAAAGAUCCCGAAAUCGACACCGACAACAUCGGCCUCGAAAUCAGUGGCGAAGGUUUCAGCAUCGAAACUUUAUCGAAAACUCUGGAUAUUCCUCUAGAACCCUUUCCGUUUCCAACAAAAGCCACAAUAUUUCAACAUCGAACACCUCGAGGAACUUUUGAGAAUUCUCAAAAUUCAAAUAAUUUCACGAUUGAAGUUGAGGCCAAACAAAUGUUGAUUUUGGAAGAUGACAAGGAUAUUCAGAAGAGUUCGGUGGAUUUGGAGAAUUCAAGGAUACUUCUGAUUUUGGUGGUUUCUCAGGUGUUAACAAUUGUCGCCUUGAUUUCACAGUUUUUGUAUUAUCGGAGGGUGUAUAGAAAAUAA